AUUCUCUCUCUUAAAAAAAAAAAAAAAAAAAAAAAAAAAGAGAAGAAGAAGAAGCAAAGUUAGAAAAACAAGAUCAGAUCGAAGAUGAUGCACAUGACGUUUUACUGGGGGAACCAGGUGACGAUCCUGUUCGACGGUUGGACGACCAGUUCCUGGAUCAGUUACUCCCUCUCCCUUCUCGCUUGUUUCCUCGUCUCCACCUUUUACCAGUACCUUGAAGACAAGCGCGUGCGUUUCAAGCUCCUCUCCGCCGCCAAAGCCUCCAAUCCUCCUAAACCCCAGAUCGAGGACCCUUUGCUGCAACAAGCCGACGGAAAGACCGCCGGAUCCAAGUGGUCCGCCGCGAGGUUCGCCGGAGCCGCCCUUUUCGGGCUUAACUCCGGGAUCGGAUACUUGCUUAUGCUCGCCGUCAUGUCGUUUAACGGUGGGGUGUUCGUGGCUAUUGUGCUUGGUCUCGCAGUUGGUUACUUGAUUUUCAGGAGUGGAGAUGAGGAUGUUGCUACGCUUGUCGUUGAUAACCCUUGUGCUUGUUCUUAGACUAUAAGAAAGAAUUAUUAAAAUCCAAUCAUUUCCAAUUUCUGUUUUUUCUUUUUUCUUUUUGGAUUUUUUUGGGGGGUUUUUACUUUUAAUUUGAUGUCCAGCGUCUUUAUUUGUAAAUAUGUAAUUCUGCUUAUGAAACAGAAUUGUUGUCUGUCUUUUCUUAAA